AUGGCUGUUUUGCCUAGAUCGUUCAUUCCUGACGAGGCUGGAGCCUACAUCACGUGCUGCCGUGUGCAUCGAACUUUCAUCGAAGGAGUUCUGCUGACCCCCUGCCCUCCGCGUUCGAGAUCUUGGCCAGAUUUGUCUCAGUCCGUGGUUGAGCUGUUUGACGCUGAGACGGAGACCUCGGAGACCCCCGACAUGGUCAGAGAGCCUGAAGAACAGCCUGAUCCUGAAGUACACGACUUUGAUGAUGAGAAGGGUUUGCACCCUGGGCACGACUUGUGGACCGGAGUCAACAACCUUAUGAUUUGCAAUCUUCCAGCAAGGUGCACACGGACAGAGCUCAGCAGCUUCCUGACAAGCCUUGUGGCUGAGCCCAUGAACUUGAGCGUCCCACUUUCGGCAAGUGGGCGGAAUCGUGGUUACGCAUUCGUUCGAGCACCAGAGCGCACAAUUGACCGCCUUGUUCGCGCCCUCUGGCAGCGAAGCGUGCCGACUCGGAAGAGUACUCGACCUCUGAAGUUGCAACCGGCCAACAUGAACAGACUGCAAGUUUCACACAAGCAUCGUAACUAG